UUUCCCGGAGCGCAUGGUCAGAAAAAAAUAAUGGCUGUUGUUUAUGGCGGGAAUACAAUUUACUAAACUCGAAAUUUUUGUACAUUUUCGAGCUUAUUCUUACGCAGAAAACCUAUAUUCCGACGAACGAUAAAGAAAUCUACCUUUUGGAGAGGUUUUUAGUUCAUUUCAGUGAAGAAUCAACGUUUUUGUGGUUUAAAUAUGCCCGUGUUCACAUCGUGUGAAGCGCGAAGUCCUCCCGCGGUCGAAAGCCCGCCAAGAAAAAAAUUCAAAUUUUCGCUCAAGUUAAAAUCGAAAAAGAAGGCUAGAGCGAAGAAUCCGAUGGAUAGCGAUAGCGAGGACGAAAGUGGGAAAGAAAAUGGUGAUUCUAGUAUGAAUUUUGAAAGAAAAGAGGAUUUAAACUUCUCUUUUGGAAAAUCAACAAACAGUCUGACAGAUGUGAAUACUACGUUUGGACAACAAAGCGAAAGUGUGAGUCUACCAUUGCCCUACACUGGCCUCGCAAACCUUGGCAAUACAUGCUAUCUCAAUGCCGUGCUGCAAGUGUUGAGGUACUGCCCAGGAUUUCUGAAAUCUCUUGUAAAUUUGGAUGAGUUAUCUGCUCAGAAUUGUACAAUGUCCGCUGAUUUGGUGAGUGUGUUUAUAUUUUUACACACAUUGUAGUGUGUACGAUGUAAAAUGUAUUUAGUAUACAGUGAAUAAGUGUUAUUGUUGAAUAUUAAAUGUACAUUAUUUAAUAAUAUCUAGUAUCAAUGUACUAAGUAAAAAUAUUUUUAAAGGAUCAAAGAUGUUUAUAAAAAUAUAUUUGGAAAGUGCUACCUUUUGAUCUUUUUAGGGACUUCCAACAUCUAGCUUUUGUCCCACUUUGCAAACGUGUGCUGCACAAGCCUUGAAACCCUCCUGGACCAUAAAAAUCUAUUCGCUGACCCGAGUUAACAUUUACCAAUUUUUCAUCUAACUAUCCACAGAUAUUUGCCAAAAAUGGACCUCAGAAUAGUCCAUUCCAGCUAUAGACUAAAUUUUGAUCUAGGCAAGAAGAACAAAAUCAAUCACCACAGCUAGAAAGAGCAUGUUAAAAUUAGUAAAAUUGCAAAGUUUGGUUGUGAAAUGUUGUAAAAUGCAGAAAAUAUAGCCCUGCAAAAUUUGCAAAUUUUGUAUUAAUUUAUAUUACACUUGGGAAAAUGCACCACAUUUGGGCUGAAAGUGGUGCAUUUCCCUUGCGUAAUACAAAUUAAUACAAAAUUUGCAAAUUUCAUAAGGCUAUAUAUUUCCUCAUUUUACAACAUUUCACAACCAAACUUUGUAAUUUUACUAAUUUUAACAUGCUCUUUCUAUCAGUGGUGAUUGAUUUUGUUCUUCUUGCCUAGAUCAAAAUUCAGUCUAGCUGGAAUCAUCCAUUGGGAGCAAUUCUAGAAUACCCCACCACUAACCUAACCACCUAACUACUAACCGUAACACUAACCCUAACCUAACCACCUAACUACUAACCGUAACACUAACCCUAACCUAACCACCGGAACAUAAUUUUACACACCGCUAAACCCAGUGGUGUGGUGUUCUAGAAACUAGCCCAGAAUUGAAAUCUUCAUGCUCAAAUUAGAAUGUACAAAUUCCAUACACAUCUAUAGUAAAAACAAAAUUUUAAAAAAUCUAACUCUCUCCCUGAAUGUCCAAACAUGAAAUUUUCGGUGUAGACUAAUUUGAAAGUGACUAUUUCUGUUCUGAGGUCCAUUUCUGCCAAGUAUGAAGAAGAAAAAAUCAAUUAUAUUUUUAGACAAGAGAAAGUCCAUCAGAAGAUUUGUCAUCUUCAACAAGAUCAAGCAUUAUCCACAGUAUCCACAAGGUACACUAUAUCACCUCUUCACAGUAGUUGUAGAAUGAAUUUUUAAUAUUGGAUUAAAUUUGCUUUCGUAGCUCACAAGUAGAAUGGAAAAUGCUGAGGAAAACUAUGAUAAGUUUGGUUUGGAGGCAAGUGAAGUAAAGAACCGUUCAGGAUGGACCACACUUGCUGUUCGCCCACAAAAUUUUGUGAAACAUUUCAGGUAAGGAUAGCAAUGAGUAGCACUUGGUGAAGUAGGGCCAAAAGAAAUAUGUGGGUUCUCGACUCUACCUAGCUUUUGGACGCUGAAAAUUCAAGUGGAAAAAUUCUUUCUGACUUACCCUACCUAAAAAAUCUGACCUACCCUACCUAAGUUUUUACAAGAAAAAAUAGGAAACCCACAUAUUUUUGGCCUAGUUAGUACUAUUUAAAUUAUUAUCAUUUUCACAAAAUAUUUGAUUUUCUCACUGAAUUCCAAAUUCAGCUGGGCCAGUGUUCACAAUGACAUCAAAAUCUGAGUUUUAUGUUGUGUUUUUCAUGUAGUGGUCUAUGCCCACUGUUUAGUGGCUACCAACAACAUGACGCCCAAGAAUUUUUACGAUCAUUCCUCAGUCUCGUUGAAGAAGAAUGUGUUGGUCUUGUAAGAGGUGAACAGCAAGAGAAUGUUAAGGGCAGCGUCAGCAUUGCCAACAACGAGUCGAAAGUCCGAGGUGGAUGCAAAUACCCCAGUACUAUCAACAGUAGUGUUGCCAUGGAAACUGAAGGGGAACCAACCAAGGCAAUGGUUACAGAUGAAUCCAGCAGAACACAACCCAACAGUGAAGUAGGUUUGAACAACACUGGGGGGUCUUCCAAUCUGCAAACUGCUACAUUCAAAUCUUUACAAAAGGGAACGGCACCCAGUCCAGAUAAUGUAAACAUUGUGAAAUGCUUAUUCGAAGGAACACUACUGUUGCAAACAUGCUGUUUGAAUUGCGAAGGACUUCGUCAACGUUACGAGAAUUUUCAAGAUAUAAGUGUACCAGUGCAGAACGCUAAAUCUGAGAAUAACGAAGGGCAUGGAAACAACCUUUCCGAUUCAGAAGAUGAGUCUGAUCAAGGCCUCAACCUGUCGUGGGCAAUAUCGAAAUUUGCAUCCAUAGAACGCUUGUACGGUGAUAAUAAAUAUUUCUGUGAUAACUGCGCAACUUUGACCGAGGCUGACAUCAGUACAUAUUUUGAGAAGCUUCCACAAGUCCUUACCAUUCAUUUAAAACGGUUUCAAACUUCGUAUGGGUAAGUGGUUUCAUUCUUGGAAGUGUUUACCAUGCCUAGAAUAGCAAGUUAUUUUCUUGUUCUGUGACAAACUUGAUUAUUACAUAUAUACAUAACCAACUUGUUAUUAGUUUCGUGCUGUGAGCUGCGUUCACUCGAUCUAAAGCCCGGUUUACACUAUGUGUUUAACCUAAGUCAGUUCCCUCGAAUAUUUCUCACAUAUCCUUCAAAACUUUACCCAUGUAAAAUUCAUACUGUGAUCACAAAAACUUUGAUAGGAUAAACCAACUUUAACUUCGUGUAGUCUUCUUCAAGAAAUUGAAUAAUUUUGUUCUCUUUUUAGCAACCAGAGUCUGUACACAAGCAGCUGGGUUACCAAAGUUACAAAGAGCUUGCACACGCCACAGCAGCUCUCUUUGAAGAAAUGGUGUAGCGAGACAUGCUCAGAGAAGAAUGCAGUCUACUCCUUGUUUGGUGUAGUUAUGCACAGUGGGAUGUCUUCAUGUAAUGGCCAUUAUCUGAGUUAUGUCAAUGUUGAUGUUUUAAAGAGACAAGCUGACGGCGGAAUGAAUAACAAUGGUGGUUGCUCUUCCGAAGUUCAUUGUAAAACAGUUGGUGAAAAAGCGAUGCAAGAUGAUGACAGUUGCAUCAAGAUGGUUGACCAAUGUUACAACGCCCAAGUUCCAAGAAAGAGUAGUGGUGGGAAUUCUCGAGAUCCAAGUGUCAAAUGUGGCUCAUGCCAAAGCAGUGCUACAAAGGCUAGCAGUUUAAACAGUCCUAGAAAGGAUGAUGGCGUAAUGUGCCAUUGCAAAAUAGAUGCAAAUGAUAGUACAAGCAAUUUUUGCAAGAAAGAUAUCCGCAGUAUGUGUGAUGGAGCAAAAUGCCACUCGCAAAGGAAGGUGGAGGAUAGCAAGGUUGAAGAGGAAAAUGGAGAUUUGUGUUGUGAAGAAAUCAUGGACCUUGAUGAUGAGGACACAUGCGACUACUCAGAACGUGUGAAGGGUGCUGGACAAACUUCCACGAGUCAAGAUAUAGAAGACACACAGAAUGGAACGAACACACUGCGUCACAGUAAGACGCCCUCACGGAAGAGCAGUAGAAAUACCAUGAAGAACGACCAUGAUUCGGACAGUUCUUCAGACGAAGAUGACAGCGUAUGGAGUAUGGACAUCACAAGGUACUUCAAACCAAUACCAAAAUCUCAAGGCUCCACAAAGAAACCCUGCAGGAAUAUCAACAUGUCUGCCAACCAAGGCUGCACGCUCGAGACAAGGUCUAAAAAGUUGAGAUCCCGGAGUGGAAAGAAUGAAAACGAUUCAUGUUCACAAACCACAGAUACUGUUAAGAAUGUAUUGAAGCCAGAAGGGAGCGUGCAAAAAUCACAAGGUUCUGCCUUUAGUGCUUUCGAGAAACCUCCAUCAACGAACAUGAGUCAAGAGUCGUUGAAUGAAGAAAGUAGUAAUCCAAACCAUUCAUGUUCACAAACCACAAAUACUUCCAACAAUGUACAAGAGUCAAAAGGUGCCUUGCAAAAGUCUUCGGGUGAGUGCUCCGCGUUUGAGAACUACUGUGCUUCAAGAAACAAAGUACAAAACAGACACUCCUUCGGUGAAGAAGUAGCUGACCAAGAUAGGUCGUGUACGCAAACGACAGAAGAUGCAGAACAGAGAAAUGAAGACGGUGGUCACAGCUCGCAGUCUUCCAUGAUGCUGGAUAUGGAACCAAGCGAUGAACUGUGCACGGAUGAUGAGAAAACAGAUGACUUUAUGAAGAGAAAUGGUUUGAACGAGCGACAUAGUCAAGAUCAAUCAAACACAGACAGUGGUACAAAUGAUAAUAUUGAUUCCGACAAAGGUUCCUGUUCCAAUGGAAGCACAGACCACGUGGCCCGUCAAGAUACCCAUAACACAAACCACGCGGAACCUUCCACCACAAACAGUUUUACAUCAUCUUGUGAUGGGAAAUUAUCAACAUGUGAAGACACUUGUAAUUCGAGCAACAAUAAGGGUUCAAAUACAUCUACCACGAGUUCCACGUGGUUAAAAUUCGACGACGCUGAAGUACAAGAAAUCCGUGCUAAGGACAUGGAAGAAAUAUUAUCACCCUCAACUUCUUGUUAUUCAACGCCGUACUUGCUAUUUUACUAUCGUUGUUAAUCAUUUUGUUCAUAAUCAUAUUAUUGUAAUCUUGAUUGAUUAACUAUUAAAAUUUACAUUGGUUACGUAGUUUAUUUUGAAAAGCAUACAGAUAAGUCUUUCUUCAUAUAUCUACGAUACUCUCCUAAUUAGGCCUGUUUUAUACGUCGAAUUUCGGUCGCGUCGAAUAUUCAAUUCAAACAAUAGAUAAUCAAUCUUAAUUAACGAGGUUUACAUCUCAUCUAUUGUCUUAAUUGUAUUCGACGCGACCAAAAUUGGACGUAUAAAACAGGCCUAAAUCAUGGUUAGCGUUCAAUAUUCAGCCUUUAAAAUUAUUUUUUCUUUCUCUAAGUUUUCCCAUUGUUUUCACAGGAUCAUUUGUACCACAGAAUUCUUGAACUGAUUUAUCACUAAUAAAAAAUUGACAAUGUUAAAAUAUAUCGCUCACAAUGUUAUUAAUUAAUUUGUGUCGGAUCUUGGGUAGAAACUGAAAGUAAUGUGAAACAUUUGACAAAAGAUCCUGACUUACCCAACUCUCAUAAAAGGAUUAUAUUCCAUUUCUUCUGCUAUUGUUGAAGGAACUGUUGGCUCCUUUGCAGCUCUCUGGUUCU